GGAGCAGGCGGCCGAGCGCUGGGGGAGCUGUGGGGGCGGCGCCCAGCCCACUGAGGAAGGAGGCGGGACCCGGCUGGAGUAUAGGGUCCAGCUGGACGAGCGCUCCAGCCGCAAGCCGGUCGGCGGACCCGCAGGUUUGAGGUGGAGCCCGGCAGUCUGCAUUGCUAGCCAGCUCCCUGAAACUGCAGCUGCUGCUCGGUGGACCCUCCUUGAGAUGACAAGAAGUACCUUUGGUCUGGCAGUCUGAAAAUCUUCGAAAAAGUGGAAGAUUUGUACUGUUUUUCCAUCUUUUCUUUUCUUUCUGAACUGCUGUCAGGAUGUUUUUCUCUGGUGGGCAGUGUGGCCAUGCUGCCAGACCUGAAGAGUUUUUACUGACAUUCAAGAUAUUUCUUGUCAUUAUUUGUCUCCAUGUCGUUUUGGUUACAUCCCUGGAAGACAAUGCUGAUAAUUCCAGUGUGUCACUACCAUCUGCUAAAUCGCCUAUUGUUGGUUUUGUUCCCUACUCCAAUGGUAUUCCAGAGGUUGAAACUACAAGUCUCAAUGAUGCUACUUCCAGUGUACUAACUACUUUAAACAGAACAGAAAAAGCUAAAAUCACUAUAGUAAAAACCUUCAAUGUAUCAGGAGUCAAACCCCAGGGAAGUUUCUGCAAUUUGUCAUCUAUUUGCAAUGACUCAGUGUUUUUUAGAGGUGAGAUAAUCUUUCAGUAUGACGAAGAAAGCAAUGUUACCCAGAAUCAAAACAUGGCUAAUGGCACCUUGACUAAAGUCCUGUCUCUAAGUGAACUGAAACGAUCAGAGCUCAACAAGACCCUGCAAGCCCUGAGUGAGACUUAUUUUAUAGUGUGUGCUACAGCAGAGGCUCAAAGCACAUUAAACUGUACAUUCACAGUAAAACUGAGUAAGACAAUGAACAUAUGUACUAUGAUCGUUGCUCUGAAAACAGUAAAGAUUCGACCAAUGGAACAGUGCUGCUGUUCCGUCAAGAUACCCUGCCCUUCCUCCCCAGAAGAGUUAGAAAAACUGCAGUGUGACCUGCAGGACCCCAUUAUCUGUGUUGGCUAUCCACAUGGCUCACCAUUUUCUUCCGGAACUUCCAUCUCAGUUGCUCCUCAAGUCACCAUUUCUUCCCAGGUCUCCAGUGCCUUCUCUUUAGUUGAUCCUCCAGAUCGUACACCUGUCACCCAGAGCCCUUCUCCAACAGGGGGGAUUCACCUUUCUUCUCCCCCGCCUUCAGUUUCUCUAUCUUCCAGCCCCAUCAUUCAUAUACCCCCCCAGUAUGGAACUCUCUCUUCUCCUGUCCCCCAAACUGGUCUCUCCAACAUCCAGCCAUCUAUGAAACCCUCGCUAACUUCUCCCACCACAUCUGCCCCUGUGAAUGCCAUCACAAUCGGCACAUCUCCUGACAAGACAGAAAUUGUUUACACGGACAUCAAUAUUUUGGAUCUUGAGGACCAGGUAUCUCAGAUGGAGAAGACUCUAUCCCUGGGCAGCCUGGAGCCUAACCUUGCAGAAAAUAUGAUCAAUCAAGUCAGCAGACUCCUCCGGUCCCCACCAGUUUUGCUGGCCCCUCUGGCCCAGAGGUUGCUGAAAAUUGUAGAUGACAUUGGCUUACAGCUGAAAUUUUCAAGCAAGAACAUAAGUUUGACCUCCCCUUCUCUGGCUUUGGCUGUGAUCAGCGUGAAUGCCAGUAAUUUUGACACAACUACCUUUGCUGCCCAAGACCCUGAAAAUCUUCAGGUUUCUUUGGAAACCCAGGCUCCUGAGAAUAGUAUUGGCAUUAUUACUCUACCUUCUUCGCUGAUGAGUAAUUUACCAGCUCAUGAUGUGGAGCUAGCUUCCAGGGUUCAGUUCAACUUUUUUGAAACACCUGCCCUGUUUCAGGAUCCUGCCUUGGAGAACCUCUCUCUGAUUAGCUAUGUCAUAUCAUCAAGUGUUGCAAACCUAACCAUCAAGAAUUUGACCCAAAAUGUGACAGUUACAUUAAAGCACAUCAAUCCAAGCCCGGCGAGAGAUGCCAAUCUGGAUGGCUUAACAGUGAGAUGUGUAUUUUGGGAUCUGGGCAGAAAUGGUGGCAGAGGAGGCUGGUCAUCCAAUGGCUGCUCCGUCCAAGACAGGAGGCUGAAUGAGACCAUCUGUACCUGCAGCCACCUUACAAGUUUUGGCGUUCUCCUGGACCUCUCUCGAACAUCCUUACCACCUGCUCAGAUGAUGGCCCUGACGUUUAUCACAUAUAUUGGCUGCGGGUUUUCAUCAAUCUUCCUGUCAGUUACUCUUGUGACCUACAUAGCCUUUGAAAAGAUCCGGAGGGACUACCCUUCCAAAAUUCUCAUCCAGCUGUGUGCGGCUCUGCUCCUGCUCAACCUGGUGUUCCUCUUGGACUCGUGGAUUGCUUUGUAUGACAUUCGAGGCCUGUGCAUCUCAGUGGCUAUACUUCUGCACUAUUUUCUCUUGGUCUCUUUCACGUGGAUGGGCCUGGAAGCAUUCCAUAUGUACCUGGCCCUGGUUAAAGUGUUUAAUACUUACAUCCGAAAAUACAUCGUGAAGUUCUGCGUUGUUGGCUGGGGAGUGCCAGCCGUGGUGGUGAUCAUUGUCCUGACUAUAUCUCCAGAGAACUACGGCCUUGGAUCUUAUGGGAAAUUUCCCAAUGGCUCACCUGAUGACUUUUGCUGGAUUAACAGCAAUGCUGUAUUCUACAUUACGGUUGUGGGAUAUUUCUGUGUGAUAUUUUUGCUGAACAUUAGCAUGUUCAUCGUGGUCCUGGUUCAACUCUGUCGAAUUAAAAAGAAGAAGCAACUGGGGGCCCAGAGAAAAACCAGUAUUCAAGACCUCAGGAGUGUUGCCGGCCUUACAUUUUUGCUGGGAAUCACUUGGGGCUUUGCCUUCUUUGCCUGGGGGCCAGUUAACAUCACCUUCAUGUAUCUCUUUGCCAUCUUCAAUACAUUACAAGGAUUUUUCAUAUUCAUCUUUUACUGUGUAGCAAAAGAGAAUGUCAGAAAGCAAUGGAGACGGUAUCUGUGUUGUGGAAAGCUCCGGCUGGCUGAAAAUUCUGACUGGAGUAAAACCGCUACUAAUGGCUUAAAGAAGCACACAGUAAACCAAGGAGUGUCCAGCUCUUCAAAUUCCUUACAGUCAAACAGUAACUCCACCCACUCCAGCACGCUGCUAGUGAAUAAUGAUUGCUCAGGACUCACAAGCGGGAAUGGGAAUGCUUCUACCGAGAAGAAUGGUGUUUCUUUCAGUGUUCAGAAUGGGGAUGUGUGUCUUCAUGAUUUUACUGGAAAACAGCACAUAUUUAAUGAGAAAGAAGAUUCCUGCAAUGGUAAAAGUCGAAUUGCUCUCAGAAGGACUUCAAAGCGGGGAAGCUUACACUUUAUUGAACAAAUGUGAUUCCUAUUUCUGAAAUCAUGAUGCUUGACAGUGUGAAAAAGUCCAGUUUUACCUUUUACACAAUGUGAGAUAUAUGAAAAUCAACAAGUUUAUACUCAGCAACCUCUGGAGAAGCAUAAGCUAUCUGAGGGCAGUAGUUACUAUUGGAAAAGGAAACUAAGACAUUUUGCCAUGGUUUGUAGACAUUUGUGAUUUGGUGUCUUAUCCUUCAUUUUAAAAGAAGAUUGGUUUUAAACAACACACUAAGAAUAAGACUCAGACAUUAAGAAUAAAAGUAGUUCCAUUACUGCCACACUUUUGAGGAGGUUCUCUGUGAUAACAUCAUGUAAAGCAGCUGCUGACUUUAGUCUUGGUGAGUUUAGUUGUGCAUGCCUUUGUUGUAAAUAAGCUAAAUUCUAGUGGCCCAUAUGUCAAAAAUCUUAAUUCUAUGUUUUUUGUAUUUAUUUUCUACUGUGUACAUUUAUUUCUUUGUAGAACUGUGGUUGUGUUGUUGUGUCUAAUGUGAUAAUUCGGAAAAUCCUUGCUGGUUCAGUGAACUCUAAAACUCCUCUUGGAGAUUAUAUGAGAUGCAGAAUACAGAAACUUCACUGAAAUCAAGAAAUGAUUAUGUCAGCCAGAUUGGGAAAAUGGAAGCAGACAGUGCCACAAUUAGCACAUACAGUGCCUUUGAGCAAGUUAGCAAGAAGAUGCCCCUGGUGGGCAGACACACCCCCAUGGGCUCGUCAGUUGACAAAUAGAAUGAAGGUCCUAUUUCAGUCCCACUUGCCCUCUUGGGUGUACCCCCUAUGCAGGGCACAACCUGUACAGUCAUACAUGGCAUCUGCUACCUAUCCAUCUCUUGACCUCAUCCCUACCCACCAGAUUAUGGAAUCUGUGCUAAGAUGAGUGACCUGAUAUGUUGGUUCAGAGGGCUAGACCUGUAGACCAUAUGUCAGGAAAAUUGUGACUGUGCAGGAGAGACAAACACUGCCACUUCUCAAAUCCCUGGAACAGGUCAGAAAUGGGAAGAAUAGGUUUUUAAAUUUUUUUAGAUGUAUAUAAAGGGGAGGGGGAAAUCCUAUUGCUGUUAUUUAAAAGGUAAAUGCAUGGUACUAUGACUGUUUUGACUGGUACACUCUGGCCUGGCCAGAGCUACACUUAAUUUUUCAAAGGUGUCAAAUCUUGAAUAGUGCAGAGUGAGUGACAAGGGAGCGGGGGAACGGCUGUCGGGAAUGGUGAACUAUCCUGCCAUUGUUUCCAGAAGUCUCAAACCCUGACUGCUUCUAAUUAGAGAGUCUAGCUUGCUUCCCAUUUCCAACUACUUGAGCAGCACUUCAAGUAUGUCUUUGGAGCAUUUUCAAAGCCUCUAGUUAGGUCUUUAAGUAAAUUUCCCUUGCAUAUAGUGAUAUUUCAAGUGAAUGUUGUAUACCAGACUAACCACAGUAACAAUGUAGUGCAUUUCUGUGAGUGCUAAUUUGUCUUUGCAAUAUUUCUUCUACUUAUUUGUCUUGUAUUUACAUGUUAAAAUCAACAAAAUAAAUUUGCAGUUAAAGCUUUUAA